AUGGAAAAGAUAUUUGUGGGUUCCAUAAAGAGAGAGGUAGAUAGAAGAAAUAAUGUGGCAGCUCUCAUAGCAAUUCGAGCAAGGUUUGUCCACAUUUGUUGUACGGAACACGUUAGAAGGUGGAGGAUGCACUUGUCGUGUAUAAAAGCACAUCGAAGGCAUAAGCCUUCUCAUCCAAGAUUGCCACAAUGCCAUGAAGAUGAGAGAUCAGCCUUGCUGAAGUUCAAGCAUAGCUUUGACAUCAAGAAGUUUGCUUCUGGCAAUCCUUCUGCCUAUCCGAAGGUUGAGUCAUGGAAGCUUGAUGGAAAUGCUAGCGAUUGCUGCUCGUGGAAUGGCGUGGAGUGUGACCAUGACACCGGUCGUGUGAAUGGUCUCGACCUCAGUAGCAGCUUCCUCUUUGGUUCUAUCAACUCCAACAGCAGUCUCUUCAGCCUUGUUCACCUUCAAAGGCUGAACCUUGCUGAUAAUCACUUCAAUUAUUCUCAAAUUCCGACCGGAAUUGAAAAUCUUUCAAGACUAAAGAGCCUCAACCUCCACAAUUCUUAUUUUUCCGGUCAGAUCCCUUCAGAAAUCUCCUCUCUUUCCCAAUUGACUUUCCUUGAUUUGUCUGGAUAUUUUGACUAUACUCCUGAACUUCUUUUGAAACUUGAAAAACCUAGUCUGAGAGACCUAGUUCAAAAACUAACCAACCUGAAAGUACUUGUCCUCACUGGGGUGAACAUAUCUUCAACAGUUCCAGAAGCUUUAUCAAAUAUGACCUCUCUAACAAGUCUUGAUCUUCAGAGUUGUUUGCUGUAUGGUGAAUUCCCAAUGAGCAUUUUCCAUCUACCAAACCUCCGGAGUUUAGGCAUUUCGCUCAAUGAAAACCUCAUUGGUUAUCUUCCUGAAUUUCCACGUGGUAGGCCGCUUGAGGUAUUGCUCAUUGCAUGCACAAGCUUUUCAGGAGUGCUUCCAACUUCAAUUGGGAAUCUUAAUUCCUUAAACAAGUUAGACAUAGCAUUCUCCAAUUUGUAUGGGACUCUUCCACCCUCGCUUGGCAAUUUAGCCCAGCUCACGUCUUUGGAUGUGUCUGGAAAUAAUUUUCGGGGACAGAUUCCUUCAUCAAUCGCAAACUUAUCAAAACUCACUGAAUUAGGACUCGGCGAUGGUGCUUUUGAUGCAGGAACCCUAUCUUUCCUAUUUGAAAAACAAUCAAAACUCACCACAUUAUUCCUUGUUGGUACAACAUUAAAUGACGUAUUACCACGGUCUCUUGCAAACUUGACCGAGCUAUCCGUGUUAGUCCUUUACAGGAAUGAGUUACUUGGUGAAAUCCCAUCUUGGCUUCUAAACCUCACCCACUUAACCACUCUAACCCUUUCAGGGAAUCAAUUAUCCGGCAUGUUUCCAAGCUCAAUCUCUCAACUCAAUCAUCUUGAAAUUCUUGAUCUUUCUUCAAACAACUUGAGUGGUGAAGUCGAGCUAGACAUCUUUCAAAAUCUUCGAAACCUUGCUGUAUUGCGAUUGUCCGAAAACAAAUUGACAGUGCUAGUAACAAACAGUACAAAUGCUACUCUAGCAAAAUUCAUCAGUAUAGGAUUGGCAUCAUGCAACUUGAAGGAGUUCCCUGAUUUCUUGAGGUUCCAGGAUGAAUUACAAUCGCUUAAUAUGGCUGAUAACGGUCUUCAUGGCAAAAUACCAACUUGGUUGUGGAACACAAGUAAAGAAACAAUGAGAUAUAUCGACCUUUAUGGAAACUCUCUCAUAGGAUUUGAGGCACAUCCAUAUGUCAUUCCGUGGAUAUCACUAAAAUCCCUAGAUUUCAGCUUUAACAGGUUGCAAGGACCACUCCCUCUUCCACCACCGUCUGUCUUUGCUUACAGAGUCGCUGGUAAUUUUCUAACCGGAGAAGUCCCAACAUCAUUCUGCCAAAAUAGAGCUUUUUUUGCGCUUGACUUGUCUGAUAAUUACUUAAGCGGGGCCAUUCCUCAAUGCUUGGCCAAUUCUAGCAGCGAUUCUCUGUUGCUGCUCAAUCUGAGUAGCAACAAUUUUUAUGGUACUGUUCCCCAUAUGUCCAUGAGGGUGAUAAGGGUGAUUGACUUGAGUCAAAAUCAAUUGCAUGGGAUGGUACCACGUUCAUUGGUUAAUUGUACAACACUUGAAAUUCUCCUUCUCGAAGAUAAUCAAAUCGAGGACACUUUUCCAUAUUGGUUGGGAACUCUUCCUGAGUUAAAAGUUCUUGUUCUCCGGUCUAACAGAUUUCAUGGUGCCAUUGAGAAUCUUCAAAUGAAUAUGAAGUUUCAGAAGCUGCAAAUCAUUGACCUCUCUCAAAAUGGUUUCUCAGGUACAUUGCCAUCAGAGUUCUUCCAAAACUUGAAUGCAAUGAAAAUGGUCAAGAAAGGGAAUUCAACAUAUAUGAAGGUGUCAAAACCAUUAUUUACAAGGUUCAAAAAAAUUAUUUUCGGAUGGGAAUUUACCUAUUCAGUAACGAUAUCUAUUAAAGGGGCAAAAAGGUAUUUUGAGAAGAUCCAAAGUGUGUUUGUCGUUGUUGAUCUUUCAAGCAACAAAUUCAGUGGCGAAAUUCCAGAAUCCUUUGGAAGCCUCAGUGGACUACAAGCGCUAAACAUUUCCAACAACAACCUCACUGGCACCAUCCCAUCUUUCUUGUCAAAUUUGACGGACAUGGAAUCGUUGGAUCUAUCUCGAAACUUGCUUUCAGAAGAGAUCCCUCAGCAGUUAAUCCAACUCACUUUUCUUUCAGUCCUAAACCUUUCUCAUAACCGUCUCACGGGUCCCAUACCUCGUGGCAAACAAUUUGAUACGUUUGACAAUAGUUCAUAUGAUGGGAAUAUGGGAUUGUGUGGUGUCCCUCUAACGAUGUUAUGUGGAAAUUCAAAAACUUCAACCCCACCAUCCCUGGCACACAGCUCGCAAGGCGAUGAUGAUCCAGAGGUUUCGAGGGGUAUUUACUGGAUGAUCAUAAUCAUGGGAUACGGAAGUGGGCUGAUAGUUGGGUUGGUUAUUGGGCAUGAGCUUACCACAAGUGAUGCCUACAACAUCUAA